UACAGCUGUCACACGUCGGACCAUUUAGAAAAAAAAAACGGGCGCGGGAAAAUAAGUGUCAUUUUUUUUUGCUGUGAUAAAAAUGUAUUUUCCGUUUCGAGAUUUUUCGUAAAAUAAUACUGAAUAUAAAAGACGGUAAAUUAAAUGCCAAAAUGCGUUUGAUAUUAUAGAAAAAUAUAGUUUAAUUUCCCGCCGAAAUUAGAGAAAGUACAGAUUAAAAAGUUUUUUUUUUAACAAGGUGAAGGAAUUCAAAAUGGAUUCCAAUUGGACUAUGUAUCCGCGAAUUGGUUUGCGUUCGCCAAACCUUACGAAUACGACUGUAAACUUACAAGAAAGCUUUGAAAUAGAUUUGGAAGAUACCAACUGGAUUCUGACUUCGUCGUUCAUCAUUUUUACUAUGCAGACAGGUUUUGGUAUGCUGGAAUCCGGUUGCGUGUCUAUCAAAAAUGAAGCGAACAUCAUGAUGAAGAAUCUAGCUGAUAUCUCUUUGGGUGGUCUAACCUACUGGAUCUUCGGCUACGGCAUGUCAUUCGGCGAGGGGACCUACUCGAACCCCUUCAUAGGCGUGGGGGACUUCCUCCCAGACCCCCCUGUGGGGGAUGCGCUUAUGGGGCCCGUGUUCGCUUCGUUCCUCUUUCAGCUGUCAUUUGCUACCACUGCGACCACGAUUGUUAGUGGGGCUAUGGCUGAAAGGUGUAACUUCAAAGCGUAUUGCCUAUUCUCUCUCCUGAACACGGUAGUGUACUGUGUGCCAGCCGGCUGGGUGUGGGGCUCGCACGGCUUCCUCAACAAGCUGGGGGCCGUGGACAUCGCGGGCUCGGGGCCCGUGCAUCUCAUAGGUGGAGCAUCAGCUUUCGCGUCCGCCCUCAUGCUGGGCCCCCGGCUGGGCCGCUACGCUCACGGAAUAGCACCCCUACCCAUGGGGAACCCCGUCAACGCAGUCAUGGGCACCUUCGUGCUCUGGUGGGGGUGGCUGGCCUUCAACUCUGGAAGUACUUACGGGGUUAGCGGUGCAAAAUGGCAGUACGCAGCUCGAGCAGCUGUCAUGACAAUGAUGGGAUCCUUCGGAGGAGGAUGCUUUGGACUGCUCUUUACAUUAAUUAAGAACAAAGGCAAGGCAGAAGUUAUGGAACUCAUCAACAGCGUUCUUGGUUCACUCGUCUCUAUUACUGCGGGCUGUUUCCUGUACCGCGCAUGGGAGUCACUACUGAUCGGGUUUAUCGGUGCCGCCAUAGCAUCGGGCACGUCACCACUGUUCGAUAUGAUGGGUGUGGAUGACCCAGUGGGGGCGAGCGCUGUGCAUGGCGCCUGUGGACUUUGGGGUGUUAUCGCGGUGGGACUAUUUGCUGACAACCCGAUUCCUAUGGAAACUACGAACGGCAGAUCAGGACUCUUCAAAGGUGGCGGCUGGUACCUCCUCGGCGUGCAGACCCUCACAGGAGUCUGCCUCAUGACAUGGGGUAUUCUGGUCACCAUCUCACUGCUCUGGUUCAUCGACAAGAUCAUGCCUAUUCGCAUGGAUCCAUACACUGAACUCAUGGGCGCUGAUAUCACUGAACAUAGGAUCAGACAUGGACAGGUGGGCAUAUCCCGCGCCGUCUCAGCGUUACGUCCCUACCACCGGUCGAACAGCAUAGAACGCAUGCCGACAGUCGGCAUGAAUACCGGCCACGGUUACAUUGUGGACAAACUCAACGAGGCCAAGAAAAAGAAAGCAAUAUACCCCAUGUUCACCAACAAAGCAUUUAUCAACGACCACGAGCCUUCAACUACAUACUCGAACCAAGGAUUUUUACACAAGCGACCUGGCAACACCGACAAUAAUCCCCACAAAACUCUAGACUCUAUGGUCCACGAUAUUAAUGAUGCCACACUAAAAAAUAAAGAAGUUAGCAAUGUUAUGAUUCCUGAAGGUAUUAAAGGGAAAAGAUAUAAAGAUUUAAGCGCUAAGCAAUUGGAAGAAUUAGGGAGAAUUAGUGCGAAUCAAGAUAGGUUUAGAUACAGGUUUCAUGAAGAUGACUAUAAGAGGGAUGUUGAAAGGGCUACUAGUUCUAAUAUUAGAUGGUUAGAUUAAAAUGGGCGGAUUAAAAUUCUUAUUGAGA